AGGGCCACCCCUACCAUGGACCAGAUCAACCACACCAAUGUGAAGGAGUUUGUUUUCCUGGAACUCACUAAAUUCCGGGAGCUUGAGUUCCUUUUAUUUGUGGUUUUCCUUCUUGUAUAUCUAACAACUGUGCUGGGAAAUGCUCUCAUCGUGGUCACCAUCACCUCUGAGCCCCGCCUCCACACUCCCAUGUAUUUUCUCCUGAGGAAUAAAUCAGUCCUGGAUAUUGUCUUUUCAUCGAUCACGGUCCCCAAGUUCCUGGUGGAUCUUUUAUCACAGAGGAAAACCAUCUCAUACAAUGGCUGCAUGACACAGAUCUUUUUCUUCCACUUUGCUGGUGGGGCAGAUAUUUUCUUCCUCUCUGUGAUGGCCUAUGACAGAUACCUUGCUAUCGCCAAGCCCCUGCAUUAUGUGACCAUCAUGAGGAGAGAGGUAUGGGUGGCCUUGGUGGUGGCUUCCUGGGUGGGUGGUGGUUUGCAUUCAAUUGUCCAGAUAAUUCUGAUGCUUCCUCUCCCCUUCUGUGGACCCAACAUCUUGGAUGCCUUCUACUGCGAUGUGCCCCAGGUUGUGAAGCUGGCCUGCACUGACACCUUGGUUUUGGAGCUUCUCAUGAUCUCUAACAAUGGACUGGUGACCCUGCUGUGGUUCUUCCUGCUCCUGGGUUCCUACACCAUCAUUCUGGUGAUGCUAAGAUCCCACUCUGGGGAGGGACGGAACAAGGCCCUCUCCACCUGCACCUCCCACAUCCUGGUGGUGACCCUGCACUUUGUGCCUUGUGUUUACAUUUACUGCCGGCCCUUCACUACCCUGCCCAUGGACACAGCCAUAUCCAUCAACAACACGGUCAUCACUCCCAUGCUGAACCCCAUGAUCUACACCCUGAGGAACCAAGAGAUGAAGUCAGCCAUGAGGAGACUGCAGAGAAGGCUUGUGCCUUCAGUGAACAGUAAACUGGGGUGAGCAGGUGCGUGGAGGCUGGAAAUCCAAGAGUGGUUUAGUUUCCUCCAACUGCGAUCCCAAGAGUAAGAGAGAGCUG